GCACUCAUCGCCUUUCAGUGCAUCGUAGUCAUCCGCCGCGAUCGGUUCGGUUUGAGUUUUGUUUUUGUGAAUGGACGGAUUUGAUUUUAUGUUUGUUUACGGAACUGUGGAAGUGGAAGAACGUUUGCUCCGUUGUGCGUUUACCUCCUCCUAUUCUGGUCGUAGAAGAACACGUGUACCUGCGUGAAGUGGUUGUCAAGGAUAACCUGGAGUACGUGUGAUAGUGGAAAAGAUAUUUGAAAGGAAUACCUUCUUAAUGAUUUUGAAUUUUCUGUCAAGAAAAGUUGAGUCGGCCAAGUGAUACAGUAACCAAACGUUGUGAAUGUGGAUGUUUUGGAAGAUCACCUGAAGGGGAAGUGAUUUUGGAAUUCGAUAACAAAAAAAAUUAAGUCACGGUUACAUAAUUAAACCUAGAAACCUGAUGGGAAGAUAAAUCACCUACCAUCAGUCAGUGAGUGAAAUCACCGUCGAAAAUUAGCAUGCGGGCAAGCGCCAAAGCGGUGAGACACGAUGGAGAGGUGUAAAAAUCGAUGUUACACUGUGUGACCACAGAAAGAGAGCGAGAAGAGUGCAUGCGAAAGCGUAUGAAUGUAGAUGAGCGCUCCCGAGCGUUGAUGAAUAGUUAACAUGAAGCCGAUCACGUUCGAAUCGAUUCGGAAUCUACUUAAAACGAAGAAAAAACAAAAAGACAAAUCCAGCAUCGAUCAAAGCUUCAAGCGGAGUGAUUCGUUCAAGCGUAUCAGUAUCCGGAAAAGCUAUCUUGAGCGUGGUCGGAAGCGCAAUACCGCUGCCGUGUUGCGCAGCUCCACAAAGAACCUGGUUAACAUCAAUGAGUUUGAAGACCAGGCCAAGGUAAUCAAACAGCCAGACAAGCUGGUGAAACCGCCCGAUAGUAGCAAUGGAGCCAGUAGCUCUGCAGGCCCCAAAGAGGUACAAUCUCGUCCAGUACGCGAACUCACUUUCGAGGAGAAAUUGGAAUCCAACGAUGCCUCUCUGGAUGAGAAGAUCCGGGCCCUGCAGGAAAUCAACGAUCGCUAUAUUAACGAAAAUCAAAAUCUCAUCGAGAAAGCAUACGAGGCUACUCAACAUGUGGAGAAGGUCAAGAUCAAGAAACCUCCGAGGCCUUCGAAGCAGGGUCUCAAAAAGACUCGCGAAACCGAAGUGCAAACAUCAAAUCCCACUGAUCUCAAAUCCAAGAGCACGGAAUCCAUCAAUACGCUUACAUCCACCGAUACCAUCGAAUCCCACAGUCGUGCUAGAAACGUAUCCCACGUAAACAUAAACGCCUCGGACGUGAUUCCGGAGGAAGACGAAAGCACAGUCUACUCCUACGAACCAGAAGUACAGUCGACCAGUAGGAAAGCAGAAGACACCGACGACAAGUCAUUCUACAGCAUCAGUACCUUCACAAUCGAAAGCAAUACCAUGAACAAUACGAACGCUUCCUCUAAAAAGUCUUUCCGCAGUAGUUUCAGUACAACCACCAAAACCAAGGAACUGCCUACCUUGGUUACCAUCAAAACGUACUGCGAACCGAAUGCAUUCAUGCAAUCGACAACCCACGUCAACGAACGGUACCUGGAAACUAGCUUCGAUAGCUAUCCAGAGGAUACGCUAACCCAAGAUGCCUCCAAGUCCGAUAUUAUCAUCAAAAAGUCAGCAAGCCUUCAGAAGACCCCUUCGAGCAAUGGAAAGGCCAGUAUUGAAGCCAAAACAUCCUCCCUCAAGGAUACCCGUCCCAAGAUCAACACCCAAACAUUCAAGAUGAUCCGUAGCAAAUCUAGAGAAGGCAUCGUCAUACGAAUUCCCGCCAUCGACAGUGGUCCAGAGCCCACCGAUAUGAAAAAACCGGAAUACGAAGACAAGGAACCGGAUAACCUCAACAGACAGCUGAGUAACGAUUCAGCCUUGGAUCUGAUUGACGUUGACAUCAAAGUUGACGAGAAAGACAUGCAGAGCAAUACGGUGGAGUUGAAGAAUCAGAAGAACAAGUACAAAAAGAAAGUUAAGAAAUCGGCCGGGAAAACAGCUACGUUGGAUGUCGAAGACUGCAGGAACCAUACGUUCAAAAGUCACGAAAAUUUUGAACUGGAGAGAGGUUCCUCGUCGAAGGAACGCAUCGAACCCAAAUUCAUCUUUCCGAGUAACUAUUUCGAAGAGGAAAACAAUAUCUUCUACGACCAGACCGUUUAUGACGACACGGAAAUUCCAUCCCCUGAGAAUAGUAUUCCAUAUGCGUUGCGUAUCAAGGAGAACCCGUUUACCAAAAACAAGGAAUUCUAUUCUAUAAACACCGGUAGGAUAUGGAAGCAGCUGAAUCUAGGCCAAGAGGAAGACCUUUCCAUCCUAUCUGCCGCGCCACGUUUACCGGUUCCGAAGACAAAGAACGAAUCGUUCAAGUCGAUGUCGUCGAGGGAUUCCGGGUUCAGCUUGACGCUUACGAAACCGAAGAAUCUAUUCCGGCGGAAGUCGAAGAAGGCAACGCUCCUGCAAAGAAGAAAGCCCAAAUUAGCGGUUAGCCGAGAUGGGUACUUCAAGCGGGUUAUGGUUGUGCAGAGGAAUUCUUCGAAAAGGAAACGUUCUAUGAGGAAAUCCCGUAUGCAGAGCAAAGAUAUUUUCCGAGAGCUUUACGAUGAAAACUGGACAAAGUUGGGGGAUGAUUUCGUAGACCAGCAAGCUCCGGACUUUGCCCGUGAUUUUGAGAAUUUUUGCAACACUCAUAGGUAUAAUCAGGACAUGCAUGAUCUGGAAGCAUUCUAUGAGGAACAUCUUAAAAGACUGAGACAUUACUACAUUCAGAAGAAGAAAAUGAACGAGGCUGCGAUCAAGGAGUUCUACAGGGACUACAACGGGGAUGAUGUUGGGGAAGAGGAGAACGAUUAUUACGAUUCGUUCAUAGCGACUAGAAACGAUACGAUUCGGUUCAAGAAUGAUAUGCAGAAAAAAUACUUUCAGGAGAAGGAAACGGAAACGUCGAUGGAGUUUAUGUUUCCACAUCCUGACAAGCGGAAGUCAAGUGCGGUUGUAGCGAAGCAGAAAGGGAAAGCAAAAAGGCAUCUGUUCCAUGAAGUUCGCCCAUAUGGAAGCUCUAUGGAACCACUAAAUUAUGUGGAUCUCAGGGUGAAUGGUGCAGAGGCAGGUCAGGAGAUGAAGUUUAGACGCUCAUCGGAUGCCAAUUUUCAGCUGCUGGCGCCGGCGAAAGCGGAUCGAACCUUGGAUGUGGUGAAAAGUAACGCGAAAGAAGGUCAAGUGCAUGAAAUUUCGCUGGCAAACGUGUUCCCGUCGGUCGAUGGUAAGACAAAACCGGACCAGACGAAAAACGAAGACGAAGAAGAGUGUGACGAUGACGACGAGUUCAGUGAAAAUGAGUUCUUAAUCAACAGCAUUGGCGAAAACUUGUACUGCUUGCGGUGCGAGAAGGUAAAUAGUGAUUGCGAAUGUUACGAUGAUACGACGGAAACGGCCAAUGACAACAGUAACGAUAACGACGAAGAGGAGGAAGAAGGAGAAGGCCGGGAAGGGGUGUGCAAAGUGCAGGGCGUCGAGGGCGAAGACGACGAUGACGAUGAAAAUUACUGCGAUGUGUUUGAGUUUGAUGAUAUCAAUAUCGUGCACGUGAAUCAUAAGAAAAAAGUGAAGAGAAAAAAGUCGAAGAAACGGGUGCGGAAAAACCACUCGACCUUGAGGCGCGGCGGAUACUGGGGUGACAUCACUCAGAAAGGAUAUGAAAAGAAGCGAACACGACUACUGCAGCCAUAUCUAGCAAAAAAUGCACAACAAGGUGGCGGAGGCGGUGGUGGUGGUGGUAAUAACCCAGGCUAUGUAAAUGACAUCCAAUCGCACCUGCACCAUCCUUCAUCCCAGCAGAAGCAGAACAUCUUCGCCUCCUCCGGCAGCGGCGGGGGAGGCGGAGGAGGUGGCGGUGGUGGAGGUAGUCGAGAACGUAAUGACCGCUCAAGCAGCGGCCACCAUCAUUCUCAGCAGCAGCAGAUCCAGCAGAACAGAACGAGGCGCAGCACGCAGCGAAGAGUCACUCACAAUGAGAAACGAUACCAUUCAGCUGCGGGACGGCCAGAGUUGCAUCCGGACAAACCGAGCUUUGACCCGCUGCGACCAUUCGAACAAUAUAUCCGGUCACAAUUUGCCGCCCUCGAAUCAUCGACCGGCGAACAGUUGAGGAAAGACGUACCAUCGCUAAGUACUAACUUCAGUAAUCUAGCACUGCACUCGCCGGCAAUAGUGGCGGCUGCGGCGGCACUUACAAAGUCACCAUCAACUUCCACGGCCAUUCCGUCCGUGGCAGCACCGGACAGUGGUUCCAUUGCGGAAAACCAAGUAAUAAUGCGGCAGAAACAACAACAGUAUUUACGGUCUCAGCCGCCGCAGCAGGCGGCAACGGCGGCUAGCUCUGUCCAACAGCCGCCGCCGCCACUAGAAACCAAUUUCGAUCGAACAAGUAAUAACCAAACGUCUGGCAAUAAUAGUAGAAAUAAUAGAAGAAUUGGACGACACGAGAGUCGUUACACCAGUGAAGUACGCCAGGAAGCUGUACAGCAAGCAUUAGCUGCAUUAAAAAAUCGCCCCAAACCUAGCUUACCAAUGCCAUCCAAACGAAGCUCUGUGCUUAAUCGUAGUCCCGAGCGCGAUCAUGAUGACUCAGAUUCCAGCACAGACGACGAGUCGAUCCCGGAGGAGGGUAUAAUCGGUGGUAGGAUAUCCACACCGGAUCGUGAUAACUACAACCUUCCACGUGAUCACAUUCUCGGACGAGAACCAAUGAAGCUUCCAUCAUCCCGCGAUCAUCAUCACUCAAGCCAACAGAAACAACCAAGUCAACCGGCGCCGAUUGAACGACGACCACCGCAAAGCAUACCCACGCAGAACACCCAACAUGCCACUCUGUCAGAUACCUCCAGUGCCGGAUCUCCCCCGGCAAUGCAUCGGACCUACUAUAAUCAGAAAAACAGCUACGACAUCACCGACAUUUCGGAGUAUCAGCAGCGGCCAUAUGCUGCACCGGACAUUACUCAAUUCAGUGCCAACACAAGACGGGGAGCAGAUCGCGUCACACGGUAUGUAAAUCUCUCAAGUCAAGAACCCGGCGACACUGGUACCGCUGGGCGAUGGAAGGUUUCCGCCAAAAUUCAACAACUCCUGAACACCCUGAAACGACCGAAACGUCGACCGCUGCCGGAAUUUUAUGAAGACAAUGACAUCGAAUUGGAAAUUGCCGCCAAUCCGAAAGACCCUAACGCCCCAAAACCCGAAGGUAACGUCAUGAGUCCGGUACAAGGCGAGCAGUUGAUCGUCCCAUCGGGUUUACCGCGAACGCUGGAAGCCGCCCUCCAACGGUACGGCACAAGUUCGUUCAAGGCUCCGAUGGCGACCGUGCUGGAUCCGAACGGAAAAAUGACUACCACUUUAACCUACGGAAAACUUUUGUCUCGAGCGCAGAAAAUUGCCUACGCUCUUUCAACCAAAGUUUUCAGCAAAGGUCCGGAGCAGCUAUCUCUCAAACCAGGCGAUAGGGUUGCUCUAGUUUAUCCAAACAGUGAUCCACUGAGUUUCAUAACGGCGUGGUACGGUUGUAUGUUCCGUGGAUUGGUCCCACUGCCUAUUGAGCUACCUCUUUCGAGUUCCGAUUCCCCGCCUCAGCAAGUAGGUUUCCUGCUGAGUUCCUGUGGUGUACAGGUAGCACUGACAUCGGAAGCAUGCCUGAAAGGAUUGCCAAAGUCGUCGACCGGUGAGGUGGCCAAGCUUAAAGGGUGGCCACGGUUGCAUUGGUUUGUAACCGAACACCUGCCUAAGGUCCCAAAGGACUUCAAUACUAAUAAUAACCGUAUAAAUGAGGACUCGAUCGCGUACAUUGAGUACACUACGGAUAAGGAUGGCAGCGUCAUGGGAGUCACAGUCUCGCGCCAGUCGAUGAUCAACCACUGUCGAGCCUUGACCAUGGCAUGCCAUUAUACAGAGGGCGAAACCAUUGUCUGUGUGCUCGAUUUCAAACGAGAAGUUGGACUCUGGCACAGCGUGCUGACUUCGGUGCUUAACGGGAUGCAUGUUCUGUUUAUACCAUACGCACUCAUGAAGCUCAAACCUUCCUCAUGGAUGCAACUGAUCACUAAGUAUCGCGCUUCUUGCUGUUUAGUGAAGAGUCGCGAUUUGCACUGGGGUCUUUUAGCAACCAAGGAUCACAAGGAAAUCUCACUUGCGUCGCUACGGAUGCUGCUAGUCGCAGACGGUGCCAAUCCGUGGUCUCUUUCAAGCUGUGAUCAAUUCCUGAGUGUGUUCCAAUCUAAAGGUCUGCGAGCGGAUGCAAUUUGUCCCUGUGCGAGUAGUUCUGAGGUCUUCACCGUUUCCCUCAGACGACCAGGUCGAUCAGCCGGUGGAUUCAACCAAUCUGCUACCGGACGAGGAGUCCUCUCGAUGGCAGCCCUUUCACAUGGAGUGGUUCGCGUCGACAGUGAAGAUUCGCUUACAUCACUCACUCUACAGGACUGUGGCCAGGUUAUGCCAAGUGCAACUAUGAUUGUGGUUAACGCCGAAGGUCCAGCGGUGCUAUGUAAGACAGAUCAGGUUGGUGAAAUUUGUGUUACGUCAGGGUCCACUGGAACAACCUACUAUGGAUUAGAUGGCAUGACCAACUCUACAUUCAAGGUUCAGGCACUCACGGAGCCUCCACCGGCUCUGGAAGGUGAAGUACAAACACUAGGAAAGCCCAUCAGUGAUGAACUGUACGUAAGAAGUGGUUUGCUUGGUUUUCUGGGACCUGGUGGUUUGGUGUUUGUAUGUGGCUCUAGAGACGGCCUGAUGACAGUCACUGGGCGCAAGCACAACGCUGACGACAUUAUUGCCACAGUCCUGGCCGUUGAGCCUAUGCGAUUCAUAUACCGUGGCCGCAUAGCCGUUUUCAGCAUAAAGGUAUUGCGGGACGAGCGAGUAUGUGUGAUCGCAGAACAACGACCUGAUUGCUCCGAGGAAGAGUCAUUCCAAUGGAUGUCUCGCGUGCUUCAAGCGGUGGACUCCAUACAUCAGGUAGGAAUCUACUGCCUAGCGUUGGUUCCUCCAAAUCAUCUGCCAAAAACACCGCUUGGUGGAAUCCAUUUGACGGAAGCUCGCCGUCGAUUCCUUGAGGGAUCGUUGCAUCCAGCCAAUGUGCUAAUGUGUCCACAUACGUGCGUCACAAAUCUGCCCAAACCAAGAGAACUCCAUCACGGUUCUAUCCAACAACUUCAAAUUUCCGGCACCACACCGUCGUCGUCGACUUCGAUCAACACCGCCGGAACAGAUGCCUCCGUCGGCCCGGCUUCGGUGAUGGUCGGUAAUUUGGUCCAGGGCAACCGGUUGGCUUCAGCACAGGGACGCGACAUUGGACUGGCGGAUGAUAACGAGCGGAAGCAUCAACUGAUAACCGGAGUGCUCCGAUGGCGAGCCAACUCGUCGCCCGACCACGUGCUGUACACCUUGCUAAACUCCAAGGGUGCUGUGGCGAAGACCCUCACCUGCUCCGAGCUGCACAAGCGUGCCGAGAAGAUAGCUGCUCUGCUUCAGGAACGCGGCAAAGUCAAUCCAGGCGACCAUGUUGCGCUCAUUUUCCCACCGGGUCUGGAUUUGAUUUGUGCUUUCUACGGAUGCCUGUACCUGGGAGCGAUUCCGGUUACGAUACGGCCACCUCAUCCUCAGAACCUCAUUACAACCCUACCCACCGUGCGGAUGAUUGUGGACGUGUCCAAGAGUGGCAUAAUCCUUUCCAUCCAAAGCAUCAUCAAACUGCUCAAAUCUCGUGAAGCUGCCACCUCCAUCGAUCCAAAGAGUUGGCCGGUGAUCUUGGACAUUGAAGAUAACCCCAAGCGGAAGCUAGCUGCUAUCGCCAACAGUACGCUGGAUUCGACUGCUUAUCUGGAUUUUAGUGUUUCCACUUGCGGACGGCUUAGUGGAGUCAUCAUUACGCAUCGAUCUCUAUCGAGUUUAUGUGCCAGCUUGAAGUUAGCCUGUGAAUUGUAUCCUAGUCGCCACGUGGCUCUCUGUUUGGACCCAUACUGUGGAUUGGGUUUCUCAAUGUGGACCCUGAUCAGCGUCUAUAGCGGCCACCAUUCAAUUCUGAUAGCACCAUACGAAGUCGAAGCAAAUCCCAGCUUAUGGCUGAGUACGCUAUCACAGUAUCGUGUUCGUGAUACUUUCUGUUCAUACGGUGUGAUAGAGCUGUGUACGAAAGCGCUCAGCAAUUCUAUUCAAAUGCUCAAGCAACGUAACAUCAAUCUCGGUUGUGUACGAACAUGUGUGGUGGUUGCAGAAGAACGGCCUCGGGUUCAACUGACGCAGCAAUUCUGCAAGCUAUUCCAAGCACUGGGACUCAACAUGCGCUGUGUGUCGACUUCGUUUGGUUGUCGCGUAAACCCGGCCAUCUGUGUGCAAGGAGCCAGCUCGGCAGAAAGUGCCCAAGUGUAUGUGGAUCUCCGAGCGCUACGAAACAAUCGGGUAGCACUGGUCGAAAGAGGUGCUCCGAACUCGCUUUGUUUGGUUGAAUCUGGCAAACUGCUACCGGGCGUAAAGGUUAUCAUCGCUAAUCCGGAUAGUAAAGGCCAGUGCGGCGAUUCUCAUUUGGGUGAAAUAUGGGUACAAUCACCUCAUAACUCAAACGGCUACUUCACCAUCUAUGGCGAUGAGACCGAUUAUAAUGACCAUUUCAAUGCCAAAUUGGUCACCGGGUGUAGCAUCAGCGAAACGUGGGCCCGAACGGGUUACCUGGGAUUCCUGCGGCGGACGGAGUGUUCGCAGGCUGGUUCUAUUUUGGACGAAACGACACCCAGCAUCGCAAGUCGGGACUCGGAUAAUGAAUCGAUUCACUCACAGGGUCACAAUACAUUGAACUCCACGACGAGCUCGAAUGCGGCCAACACCACGAUCCCAGCAACUGGAAACGAACAGGAACUGCACGACGCGGUUUACAUCGUGGGUGCUCUGGACGAGGUCAUCACGCUUCGUGGCAUGUACUACCAUCCGAUCGACAUCGAAAACUCGGUCCUGCGAUGCCACAAGAAGAUUGCCGAAUGUGCGGUAUUCACAUGGACCAAUCUACUGGUGGUAGUUGUUGAACUCGAUGGAAACGAAUCGGAAGCACUGGACCUGGUUCCACUGGUGACCAAUACGGUGCUAGAGGAACAUCAGCUGAUCGUCGGCGUGGUGGUUGUAGUUGAUCCAGGAGUUGUGCCGAUCAACAGCAGAGGCGAAAAGCAGCGGAUGCAUUUGCGAGAUGGCUUCUUAGCCGACCAGCUGGACCCCAUAUACGUUGCCUACAACAUGUAAAGAACUAACUGGCUGACUAAACGUGAUUCGUGCCUCUUAUAUGUUAGACUUUUUAAACGAUGCUUUCCCAAGCAUUGGCAGCAACAGGUGAUAUUUGAAAAAAAGAUACAAACAAAAAGAGGAUAAACCCAACGCACAUCACACACACACACACAAACACACACACGUCAACGUUGUCUGAUAUAAUAAAUACGGAUCGAACACGGGAAAACGAAUGCUCAGCUAUGGACGGUCGGCGCAAUGGAAACAGUUUAUGCUACCAAAUUUCCUUCCAGCAGGAAUUUUCUACAUAACUUUAUUCUGUAAAUAUUUUGUACAUCAAUUGGACAUGUGAAAUUGGUUUUCUCGAACAUAUGCUAAUGAAAGGUACUAGUUCUCAAUCGAUUCUUAGGGUUGGACUUUAGAAUGAGCUUAGUUGAAAUAGGUCUUUGUUAUAAACGACAAACUGAUGAAAACAUAUGCUUGCUGAAAAAAAAAACUGUAGAGAUUGUACAUUUGUUUCUUUUGCACAAAAUUUUAAUUGGAUCUACUUAACGGUCAUUUUCAGUAUUGAUGUUUUUGUUAGUCUUUUUGAGAAAAAUAAAGUUUUGCUUUGCGUACCUUUAAAACUAGGGCAAGCAAUAAAUUAUUAAUGGCAUGUUGUUUAUUUUAACUUCGUAAUCUAGUCUCUUUUAAUUUGGUUAUUUUUUGUAAUUGUUUUAUCGCAACUGGUUCUGCCACAACUGGUUCAGGCAAAACAAACGUUAAAUUGAUUUUAUUUUGUGAUUUAUUCGUAAAUUUUAGUUCUUUAGCCUGGAUCUCUGUUCCUUACAAUCAAUGCUAAACUUAUCAUCCAUCAUCUUAAUCGUCGUCAUUACCCUGAACACGUGCACAGAUAUGUACUCAAGUCAUGUCCGUCUCAAUCUUCCAACUUUCAUCCAAACUCAUCAACUCUUUAGAACACUACGCUACUAAACUAGCAAUUAGUAAGGAUUAACAGUCGUAUUGUUUAGACAAGGAUAUACACAAUCUUUCAUCUGGUUAUCAUUCAACUGAUAAGAAAAAAGAAAUCAAUUCAAUUUUUUUGUAAAUUUAAAAUAAUGGAAUCAGUAAAAGUUGAAAAAAUAAUUUUAAGAUGAGCUUGAUUCUAAGCCACGAACUGCUCUAUCUAUCGAAGAAUGUGAAAAAUAUACAUAGGACAAAAAACACAGCAAGUCAAGUUGAGAAAAAGGAAUUAGAAUAAUUAGUUGAUUAUAAACUUCAUAAUAUUUCGCGAUUCUUCUCUCUGUAACCUAUAUAUUCACAUAAGCAAGUUAAAAACAAGUCACAUGAAACUAGAAUUACUCCAAAAUACUACAAGCAGAAAAGGCCAACAAAACAUACGUGGAAAAUUAUGAGGA